UAGUGUAGCGUUUGACACUUGAGCAAGUGGUUGUAGUAGAGUGUGCAGGAAUGGUAGAUUAAAAGGUUUAUUUAUUUUUUUCCCCCCGCACUGGUAUUAUGGUUGAUAGUGGCAGCGGGACGAGCGACCUGUUGGCGCAGUAUAGGAAUAUAUCAAAUAAACUGAAAAAGAGAUUUCUGCGAAAGCCAAAUGUAACAGAAGCUAGUGAACAGUUUGGUGCUUUGGCAUUAAGAUGCGAAAGAGAACAACUCCCUCAGUAUGCUGGCUUGUGCUGGGCUGCAGCUGCUAGAUGUGAAGGUUCAUUGGGGAACAAUCCUGCAGAAGCCUGGGCUCUGGUACGUGCUGCCAGGCAAUUCCUGUCAGCAGAAACCAAAGCAGCAUCUCUAGGCUGUACUGGUCCUGGUGCUGAUUACCUGCAGGCUGCUGCAAGCUGCUAUGGACAUGCUGCAAAUAGAUGGCAGCAGCACCAUGCAGCUGAGCAGCCCCCUAUUCCAGGUGCAGCAGUGCUUCCUUGCCCACUUUCCACAGGAUUAGCUGUUGAACUGGGUUUAGCACUGAAAAAUGACUUGCGACGUGUGGCAGAAGCUGCUACACAGUUCAAAUUAGGUGCACAACAAACUACAAGUCCACUUGACAGACUAAGCUGCCUAGGGCAUCUUGCAUCCUGCCGAAUUGAAUUAGGUGAUUAUGAUGGUGCUUUGAAUGUAUUCAGUGAGAUGGUUCGUGUUGCAAAUCAAGGGAGUAAACCACCAAUGGGUGUAUACAGUGAUGUUCUGCACAGGUGUGAAGUGACACGUGUACUUCUACUACUCAUUCUUCAGCCUGCUGCCCAACGACUUCCACCUGAUUUGGGACAAGUGCUGGAAAAGUAUGCAUGGGAAGCUGGUGGAAAUGUACCUGUGAAUUAUCUGAGUGAAGAUGAAUUUAUUCUCCUCCAGUCAUUGGUAAUGGCCUGUCAGUCAAAAGACUGUGAAUCUUUGCAAGAGCUGGAAGCACAGUUGUGGCCAUAUCUAACAGCUGAACAGCGUGGUUUACUACGCACAUUAGUUUGCCAUAUGACUACGUGAAGGUUGUGAUUCAGGGCUGUUACCGGUUGGAUUAAUCUUCUGUAAGAAGUUCUUAAUUGUUGUUGAAUGAGGUGCUGAAUAUACUUAGCAAAAAUAAUUUGUGUGCAAGGUUGGUAUUUGCACCAGAGAAUGUAUUCAAAUGUUUAAGAUGAAAUGUGUUGCAAAAAUAUGAAAAAAUUGUUGAGUCUGUAUCAUAUUUAUUAUAGAUCAGAUCUUAUAAAUGAAUUAAAGAUAUUUUCAUAGAUA